AUGAUAGUAGAUACCCCAACUACAGGCGGAGGCACUCCUUCACGGCCGCACUGGACACCAGCUUUUCAGGAACACUUAGAGACUCAUAUUGCCAACAUCACUGCAUCAUGCGGGUUCUCCCUUAAUUGGAUUAAAAAUCAAGCAGUUUGUAGUUUCAUGAAUGAGUUUUUCCCCUUCACAAAUUCAAUCUCGAGUUAUCAACUCUCCAAUUGCAUUAUCCCACGUGAAGUUGAAAAGUACCGGCAAGCCGCCAAAAACUGCUGCCGUGGAAGUGAUGCGAUGCUCCAGACAGAUGAAUGGAUGGGUGUAAAUGUUCACUACCUGCUGGCAUUCAUGAUCACAACAGCGAUAGUAGAUGUAUCUGCUCAGUGCAAAACUGCACAACACCUCAAACUUCUCAUGAUCAGUGUCAUUGAAGAGGUUCGACUCAACUGGAAGGCAAAUAUUGUUGCCGUUACAUCAGAUGCAUCAGGUGAGUCUUGGGCAGCUCGAAAAUGGCUUGUUGAGGAAUUUCCAUCAUUAGUAUCUGCAGAUUGCUAUGCUCACCAGGUAAUUAUGUCCAGUGUCUCGUUUGUCACUCCGAAUUAUUAA